UGCAUCCGGGCCUAGGCGACCGGCUCUGAAGCUUUGCUAGCGGCAUGGAGGUCCACGGAGAAACCCAGUCCAGCCCGACCUCUUCUUCGCCCCCCAAAGAUGGCUCUGGGGUCUCGGUGUCCAAGGAGUUGCUGACGGCGGGGAACGGCGGCCACGGAGGUAUAUGGGACAGAUUGCUCAUCAACUCCAAGCCUGAUUCCAGAAAGAAUUCCACUCUUCAAACAGUUCGGAUAGAGAGGAGUCCCUUGCUGGACCAAGUACAGACCUUUCUCCCACAGCUGGCUCAGGCAAAUGACAAACUAAGAAAAGAAAUGGCAGCUGCACCACCUGGUCAUUUCAAUAUUGAAAAUAUCGAUGAGACGCUUGGAAAAGUUAUACAGAUGGAUGUGGCCUUGUUUGAGAUGAAUCAGUCUGAUUCAGAGAAAGAGGACAGUUCGAAAGAGAGUUCAGAGGCCAGUUCCGAGGACAGUUCGGAAUCUGAGGAUGAAGAUGACAGCACGUCCUCUGAAGUCACCAUAGAUAACAUUAAGCUUCCUCACUCGGAAGAUGGGAAGGGCAAGAUAGAAGUUUUGGACAGCCCUGCCAGUAAAAGAAAGAAAGAGUGAAACAGAUGAUCUCAGAAACAGGUGAUCUGUGCCUUCUGAUUCUGAGAAAAAGAGUGUGGCUCGCUGGUGGUUUUGCAUUUCAGGCGUUUGGUGGUCUUGUGAUUUCGGACGUGCUUUGGUUCUCGGAAAAACAGAAGCUGACUUACAUUAAAGAGUUGGAAUAGGUACAUUUGGGGAUCUGCUAAGAGCAGACUGUCUUUGAUCUCAGGCUGAAGAGACUUAGUUUAGAAAGCCUAACGUUAUUUUUGGUGAUAAGUAAAUUUGUUGGCAUCUUUUUUCUUCAGCAUAAACUUCAGACAUAUCAGACUGACUUAUUUUUUAAUCUUCACACAUGGACAUUUUUUUUACUACUUUUUAGAGAGGGAGGAAGAGCAGGGAGGUGGCAGGGGGAAGAAAUAUCCCUGGGAGAGAGAAACAUCAAUGGGUUGC